CUCGCUGCGAUGGGCGAUGACUCGAUGGCAACAUGAUGGUCCCACUGGGGGUCGGCCGCGCUUCGGGUGCCCCUUAAAUCCCCACGGCUGCCCCAGCGUAGGUGGUAUUGUGUUGCUAAUAGUUAGCUAGAAGGACGAGGCACUGCUUUCCAUUUGUUGUCCUGUGCUGCUGCUCCAUAAGCCAACCAGGCUCCCCGCCCUCCGCAUCUCAUCGGCGUCCUUCCCCCUCGCGUGCUUCUUCCCUCCCUCCCCCGCCUCAAGGACAAAUCGCCGCUUGACCAGGGUCCCUCUAGCAAUAAUGGGCGCACUACUAAAGGACGGCGGCGCUGAUGACGCCAUAGCAGCCGUGCCCGUGCUCAAGGCCGACGGCGGCAAGCCCAAGACCUCGGGCUCCGAUGACGGCGGCGCCCACGAUGUCGAGAAGCAGUCGAUGGAGCAGGGGUCGACGGCUCAGCUCAAGCGCAGCCUGCAGUCGCGCCACCUGCAGAUGAUCGCCCUCGGCGGCACCAUCGGCACGGGGCUCUUCAUCGGCUCCGGCGGCGCCAUCAGCAAGGCCGGCCCGGCCGGCGCCCUGAUCGCCUACGCCUUCGUCGGCACCCUGGUCUACAGCGUCAUGGUCGCCCUCGCCGAGAUGGCCACGUUUUUGCCGGUAUCCGGCGGCUUCACCGUCUACGCCGGCCGCUUCGUCGACAGGAGCCUGGGCUUUGCUAUGGGCUGGAUCUACUGGUUCUCUUGGGCCAUCACCUUUGCCCUCGAGGUUACCAUCAGCGGCCUUAUCAUCCAGUACUGGGCCCCCGAGGCCAACCUGAACAUUUUCGUUUCCGUCUUUUGGGUCGCCAUUACCGUCCUCAACUUCCUACCCGUCAACUUUUACGGCGAGGUUGAGUUCUGGCUGGCUCUGAUCAAGGUUAUCACCGUCGUCGGCUUCAUUUUGUUUGGUAUCUGCAUCGACGCCGGCGCGGGACAGCACGGCUACCUGGGCUUCAACACGUGGAAGAGCCCCGGAGCCUUCGCCCCGUACCUCGUGGAGGACAACGACAGCCUUGCCAAGUUUGUUGGCUUCUGGGCUGUUCUUAUCCAGGCCGGUUUCUCGUACCAGGGCACCGAGUUGGUCGGCAUCGCCGCAGGCGAGACGGCCAACCCCCGCAAGACGGUCCCUGCCGCCAUCCGCAAGACCUUUUGGCGUAUUCUCAUCUUCUUUGUUCUUACCGUCUUCUUCAUCGGCCUUUUGGUUCCCUACGACAACAAGCUCCUAGCAAACGAGAAUGGCAGCUCAGACGCCACCGCCUCCCCCUUCGUCAUCGCCGCCGACCUCGCCGGUGUGCAGGUGCUGCCGCACAUCAUAAACGCCGUGCUCCUGACCGUCGUUCUAAGCGCCGCCAACUCGAACGUCUACUCGGGCUCGCGCAUCCUCGUCGGUCUCGCCCAGGAGCGCCUGGCCCCCGCCUUCUUGAUGCGCACGAGCACCAAGGGCGUCCCGUACUAUGCCGUCUGCUGCACCGCCGUCUUUGGCCUCCUGGGCUUCAUGAACACGACCGAGUCGGCCAAGAAGGUGUUUGAGUGGCUGAUGAACAUCUCGGGCGUAGCUGGCUUCAUCUCGUGGACGUCUAUCGGCGUCUCGCACAUCGCCUUCGUGCGCGCCCUCGAGGCCCAGGGCAUCUCCCACGACAGCCUGCCGUACAAGUCCCCGAUGGGCGUCUGGUUCUCGUGGUACGGCGUCGUCUUCAACAUGAUCAUCAUCCUGACCCAGGGCUUCACCUCCUUCAUGCCCUGGAACACGUCCGCCUUUUUCGUCGCCUACAUCAGCCUCAUCCUCUUCGCCGUCCUCUACGUCGGCCACAAGCUCUGGACGCGCACGCCCUUUGUCAAGCCCCACGACGCCGACCUGCUCACCGGCCGCAAGGACCUCGACGGCAUAGAGUGGCCCGACGAGACGCCCACCACCUGGUACGGAAAGGUUUUUGCUUUCCUGUUUGACUAAAAAGUUGGUGUUGAUCAAGCAUUUUUUUGGGUGUUCUGGUUUGGCUAUCAGCGAGUUUUACGCGAUAUCCGAUUGUACUAUAUCAUGCGACCAUUGCCUGUAUAUAAAGAAGCAUCUCUGGUUUUCUUUAUAUUUUUUCUUAAUCAUAAUCAUGUUGAAUACUUGUG